AAUUUUCUUCCAGAAGUAGCAGCCACAUCUUCGUCCCCUACCUAUCGUCAAUCUGUAAAAAACCAUGGAGAUUUCGAUUUUCCAUUUCUGAUUUCUUCAGUAAUCUCUGUUUCAACUUCUCUCUCCUCCUUUAAUCCUCUCUCUCUCUCUCUCUCCUGUUUCUUGUCGAUUUCACCAUUUUUCCCGCUCCCUGUUCCAUUACUUUGGAUAAGAGCACACACAGUUCCACUUGCUGGAGGGAUUUGAGGAGGAGAGACGACCGGAACAAUAUUUUCGUCUCUUUUGAUUCUAAGCAUUUUUUAGGAGGGGGAAAUCUUUUGAAUCGGUGUUCUUGGAAGAAUGGAUGUUUCUACGCCUCUGCAAUCUGAUAAUACACAAAAACAGAAAUCUCUUAGUCCGAUUAGGCUGAUGAGAGGGGCGAUUUGUUUAGCGGUGUUUUUGUCGACUGCCUGUAUGUUUUUAGUGUAUUUUGCGCCUGUAGUGGCUCUCUUUUUACGGCUUCUCAGCCGGCAUUACUGUCGGAAGGCAACUUCCACGAUUUUUGGUUUCUGGCUGGCUCUCUGGCCCUUUCUAUUUGAAGUUAUAAAUGGGACUAAAGUUGUGUUAUAUGGAGAUGAUGUUCCAGAUAAUGAACGUGUUUUGCUAAUUGCUAACCACAGAACUGAAGUUGAUUGGAUGUAUUUGUGGGAUAUUGCAUUGCGAAAGGGCUCCCUUGGCUGCAUCAAAUACAUCCUUAAAAGCAGCUUAAUGAAGCUGCCUCUCUUUGGUUGGGGAUUCCAUGUUUUGGAGUUCAUUCCAGUUGAGAGGAAAUGGGACAUCGAUGAACGGGUUAUGCGUCGAAAGCUUUCGACGUUUAGAAAUCCUCAAGAUCCCUUGUGGCUUGCUGUUUUUCCUGAGGGAACUGACUUUACGGAGGCGAAAUGCAAGAAGAGUCGAGCGUAUGCUGCCGAGGUCGGACUUCCGGUGCUAAAGAAUGUUCUUCUUCCAAAAACUAGAGGUUUUUGUGUUUGCUUACAAACCCUGCGAGGUUCACUUAAUGCAGUUUAUGAUAUGACUAUUGCCUACAAGCAUCAGUGUCCUACCUUUCUGGAUAAUGUCUUUGGUCUCGGCCCUUCAGAAGUUCAUAUCCAUGUUCGACGGAUCCCCGUCGACGAGAUCGUCGCUUCAGAUGAAGGUGCUACUGCUUGGUUAACGGAUAAAUUCAAGCUCAAGGAUCACUUGCUCUCAGAUUUCAUAGCUAAUGGCUGUUUCCCAGAGCCAAGAGUACAAGAACAACUUUCUGCCUUCAAGUGCUCAAUGAACUUCUUACUGGUCAUUUCCUUGACUGCAAUAUUUGCUUACCUUACUUUCUAUUCAUUUUGGUCCAAAGUUUAUGUAGCUUUAUCUUGUAUAUAUCUUGCUUCCGUUACGUAUCUUCGAGUUCAACCGGAGCACGAUUUAGGCAGUUUGAUAUCAAUGUUCGUCGGCAAGAAACAUAGCACUGAAUAACAUUCUUUUAGGAUACAUGAUUUUUUUUUUUUUUUUGGCUUAGAUUGGAAUCGAGUUUUCGUGUAAACGUCUGAGUAUUAACAAUUUCGAUUUAUGGUCCCCAUGAGCAAAGAUGGCCAGAAAUAAGUUACUGAAAUCUUUGCUUCUCUA